CUCCUGCUCCUCCUGGACUCUGCCCGAGCCAGCUGGGGGAGCGAGCAGGGGCCAUGGCAGUCCCCUCUCGGGCUGGGGCCAGGCCCAGGCUGGAUUUGCUGUUUCUCCAGCGGUUUCUGCAGAUACAGAAGGUCUUGUUUCCCUCUUGGUCAUCCCAGAAUGUCCUGAUGUUCCUGACCCUUUUGUGCGUGGCCCUCCUGGAACAACUGGUGGUCUACCAGGUCGGCCUGAUCCCCAGCCAGUACUAUGGGGUCCUGGGAAGCAAAGACCUGGCAGGGUUUAAGAGCCUGACACUCCUGGCCGUCACACUCAUUGUCCUCAACUCCAUGCUGAAGAGCUUUGACCAGUUCACCUGCAACCUGCUGUAUGUCAGCUGGAGGAAGGACCUCACCGAGCACCUCCACCGCCUCUACUUCCGGGGCCGCGUCUACUACACUCUCAAUGUCCUGCGGGAUGAUAUCGAUAACCCGGACCAGCGCAUCAGCCAGGACGUGGAGCGGUUCUGCCGGCAGCUCAGCAGCAUGGCCAGCAAGCUGCUCAUCUCUCCCUUCACCCUGCUCUACUACACCUACCAGUGCUUCCAGAGCACUGGCUGGUUUGGGCCUGUGAGCAUCUUCGGGUAUUUCAUCCUGGGGACCAUAGUGAACAGAAUGCUGAUGGGGCCCAUUGUGGCCAAGCUGGUGCAGCAGGAGAAGCUGGAGGGGGAUUUUAGGUUCAAGCACAUGCAGAUCCGUGUGAAUGCCGAGCCUGCUGCCUUUUAUCGAGCUGGGCAUGUAGAGCACAUGAGGACUGAUCGAAGGCUACAGAUGCUCCUUCAGACCCAGAGACAGCUGAUGGCCAAGGAACUCUGGCUGUACAUUGGCAUCAACACCUUUGACUACCUGGGCAGCAUCCUGAGUUAUGUGGUGAUCGCCAUUCCCAUUUUCAGUGGCAUCUACGGGGACCUGAGCCCCACAGAGCUCAGCACCCUGGUCAGCAAGAAUGCCUUUGUCUGCAUCUACCUCAUCAGCUGCUUCACCGGACUCAUUGACCUGUCCACCACGCUCUCCGAUGUGGCUGGCUACACACACAGGAUUGGGGAGCUUCAAGAGACACUGCUGGCCAUGGCUCAGAAGUCACAAGGCGAGGAGAUCCCAGACAAAAGCAAGUGGGACUUCGACCUGGUCCCAGGGGAGCCGGCCACAGAACCGGCAGACACAGCUUUCCUCCUGGAUCGGGUCUGCGUCUCUGCCCCCUCGGCUGAGCAGCCCUUCAUUCGGGACCUGAGCCUGAAGAUCUGCGAGGGCCAGAACCUGCUUAUCACUGGCAACACAGGCACUGGCAAGACGUCGCUGCUGCGUGUCCUGGGCGGCCUCUGGGCCAGCUCCCGGGGUUCGGUGCAAAUGCUGACGGACUUUGGGCCCCGCGGGGUGAUGUUCCUGCCCCAGAAGCCCUUCUUCACCGACGGGACCCUUCGGGAGCAGGUCAUCUACCCACUGAAGGAGAUCUACCCCGACUCAGGUUCUGUUGAUGAUGAAAGGAUCAUGCGAUUCUUGGAGUUGGCAGGCCUGUCGAGCUUGGUGGCCAGGACAGAGGGUCUGGACCAGCCGGUUGAUUGGAACUGGUAUGAUGUCCUGUCCCCAGGGGAGAUGCAGCGACUGUCAUUUGCCCGACUCUUUUACCUUCAGCCCAAAUAUGCAGUGCUUGACGAAGCCACAAGCGCCCUCACCGAGGAGGCCGAGGGCGAGCUCUACCGCCUGGGCCAGCAGCUGGGCAUGACGUUUGUCAGCGUGGGCCACCGACGCAGCCUCGAGAAGUUCCACUCCCUGCUUCUGAAACUCUACGGAGAAGGAAGAUGGGAACUGAGCAGAAUCAAAGUGGAGUAAAGCCAGGGUGCCGUUCACCACCGGAAGGAAGGAGAGUCAAGCUCAGAACAAGUAGGCAGGCCCCGACAGAGACCCGAGUGGUCCUGCAUAGGAAGCCCGGUGACCAGCGGUGGUCCCCGGAACAUGCGAGCCUGUGGAGUUCACCAUCACCCAGAGUGCUGAUCUCUCACAUUACCUCACUCGGUGCUUUCUGAGGAAAAGCACACCCGCACUUCUCUGUACACAAAUCGAGGGUCUACAAGAAAUGACGGUGGAGCAUGG